UUCCUGUUGUUAGAACAUACCAGCACAUCGAAAACAGCUGGAAAAAGGAAAUAAAUGUGGCUCUCUCCUUGUUCACUCAGCCCCACCAUUUUAUAAUUUGUCUUUCCAGACGGAUCAACAAAAACAUUUGAUUGGUUCAUCUAGCCAUUAAACCUUGCGGCCCUGAAAUAAAUCGCUUUAUGCCACAUUCCUAACUGUAUUUACUCAAAGGGCUCUUUACCCCUUUGUUGCAACGGGAGCAACUGAGCCGCUGCCGUCAUGGAGAAACGCGACACCUUGAUGAGGAAGAGCUUCACUGUGCUGCAGGAAAUGAGCAACCGGAAGCAGCGGCAGCAGCAGCAGCAGCAGAACAAUCCGGUGUGGACUCCUCCAUCUAGCGGCAAAACCAUCUCCAGCAAAGCAGGCCAAGCAGUCAGGGAGUACUAUGAGAAGCAGGCUAAGGAACAGCUGGCGAGCCCUACAAGGUCUCCCUACACGCCCGAGGUGGAGGAACUGCGGAAAUCCUUCCUCAUGCGCCCUGGGUGCCCCAGGUACAGCCACAGAGCUACUUCAACAUCUCACCUUGGGAAUGAGCUAACCAAAGGCCACCUGCCUUGCAACAUCAGCACCAUAAGUCUGUCCUCCCAGCUCUCCUUGGAAGAGUGGAACAUGAUAUUUCAGAGGCCAGAUAUCUUUGAGUCAAAGAGCUACCUCCGAUAUUGUCCGGCCUCAUCUACUCAGAGCAUGUCUGGGUUGCCUAAGUGGAAAAGUUUCACCGAGGGCUUCACAGGCGGCGCCUACUCAAAAAGCCAAACCCUCAAAGGAAGCAGAGUCCCAUGGUACGUCAGUCUGCUGCAAGAAAAGGAUACAACUUUGCAAAAGAUGGAAGCGGAACUCGUCCGCCUUGCCAACUGCGAAGCGGAGAGCGUUCGGAAGGAUGACGUCAUCUCCGUCCUCCGGGAAGAGCUGGAAGUGAUGCAGAUGCAGCUGGACCAAGCCCAGACCCAGCAGGAGGUUGAGCUCCCCCCAGUGGAGGAUCCCGCCCAGAAGGUACCGGAAGAAAAACUUACGCCGCAAGUGAGCGACCCAAACCUGCGCAGGCGAGGUGUCUCUCUGCCGGUCCUUAUGCAGAAGAAGAGCAUCCCAGAAGAAUUCCGGCAGGAAUUGGAGCGGUUGAAAUUGGAGCUGGCCCAGUCAGAUAAAAAGGUGGACUCUAAGAUGGCGUUCCUUAGCAAGACGCUGCUGAAGGAUCAGAAUGAACUGGAGCAGCUGGAGAAAGAGUACUCUGAAAUACAGGAAAAGGUACGCUCGGAGGGCGAGGAAGAGAUACGUGUGGAAAGUGGGUCUUACGAAGAAGUGCAUAUGGAAGAAUCGGACGAGGAGCUCCUUUUUCUCAAGCUUCUCGAGUUCCAGGGGAUGAACGACGAGCUGUAUGAUGAGCUGGAGAAAGUGAAAAACGAUUAUGACAUGGCCACAGGCGCUAUAUCUUCCUUGCAAAGGCAGCUGUCCUUUGAGGCAUCCCAGCUCCGGAAAGCUCACGCAGAACGAGAAUUAUUGCAGAAGGAGCUGAGGGAGCGGGGAGCUCAGCUGGAAGCCAUGUCUAAUAAAUUUAGCAACUUGAGAGAGGAGAGGAAGCACGAAGAAAUGAUGGGCUCCAUCGAGAGAGAGAAUUACAAACUCAGGCAGGACCUCACUGAUCUGGAAUCCAAACUAACUGACAAGAGCCAGAUGAUCGACGACUUGCAGAGCAACGUCAACCGUCUCCAGGCCGAGCUGUACCUGAAUCAGCACCACGUUGGGAACCAGCUGAGCCGGCAGAAUGAUCUGCAGAGUCAGCUGGAGAUAUUGCAGCGGGCAGAGCAGCAAACCAGAGUCACUCUGGAAAGUAUCAGUGCCAGGUUUGAAAGGUUUCGGAGCAGAAUCAUCCAGGCAACUUACAGCACCCCUGGCACCAAGUCUCCCCAGGCUGAAAUCACAGACGACGAAGUUUUAGAGUCCUUGCAGAAAAUAAUAACAGACCGUCUAGACUUUUACCAGUUGCUGAAACAGAAAGGGGUGAAAGUCCCAGCUCUGGGUGCCUCCGAACCGCCCCCUCCAGUCCCUACCUCUAAGAAAAAGAGUUCCAGCAGAUAGAGAUUUGAAAGCUAAAGUCUCUCUCUUCACAUUCUUUCCUAAAUGGGGCUUCAUCCAUUCUUGGUCAUCUUUUAUAAUUCCUUUUCCUGACUCCAAUUAAAUGAUUGCACUUAAUGUUUA